AUGCAGUGGAAGACUCUCGCCCUGGCGCUUCUAGCGAAGCAUGUUUCUGGCCAAGGCUCGGUGCCUAUCCCGCCUAUGCUGCGAUUUGAGUGCUCGCAGCUCGUCGUCGAACGUUUGGAUCCUCUAGUCAAUCCCGGCCUAGUACCUUCGCCACAUCUCCACCAAAUCGUCGGCGGCAAUUCCUUCAACGCUUCCAUGGAGCACCCAACACACGAUCUCCCCUCAGCUUCCACAUGCACCAGCUGCACCUUCUCCGAAGACUUUUCCAACUACUGGACCGCGGUUCUGUAUUUCCGAGCCCGCAACGGGACGUUCAAGCGCGUACCUCAAUUCGUUUCCGAUGGGCUCAAAGGCACCGGCGGCAUCACAGUGUACUACAUCCCAUCGACGACUAACAAAACAGCGGUUACGGCCUUCAAACCUGGCUUCCGCAUGCUUGUUGGAGACGCCGCAUCGACGUCUAAAGGCCCGGACCGCAAGGUAUGCCAUCGGUGCAUGCCGAAAUCGGGAGAUGCUAGCAACAUAAACUGCGGAUCUCCAGACACACAGGAGCUUCCUAAGGCGUUCUGUGAGGGCGGUAUACGCACGGUUAUUACCUUUCCCACCUGUUGGGAUGGCAAGAACCUGGAUAGCCCGGACCACACGAGCCAUGUUGCCUACGCAACGGGUUCAAAAGCUAACGAUGUGGGCCCAACUGGUAGCUGCCCGGCAAGCCAUCCCGUAAUUAUACCUCAAGUGAUGUAUGAGGUUAUGUGGGACACUCGACCCUUCAACGACAAGAACUUAUGGCCCGCCGACGGCUCGCAGCCGUUCGUUUGGAGCACCGGCGACCCGCACGGAUAUUCGCAGCACGGCGAUUACGUCUUUGGCUGGAAAGACGACUCUCUUCAACGCGCCAUGGACGCCCGCUGCACUGGCGAUGUCUGCAACGUGCUAAAGUCCCAGACCGCGGAGCAGGCGAUGAAUUGUACAUUGCCGCGGGUUGUCGAUGAGGAUAUAGACUCAUGUAAGUCGCAUCCUAGCAAUUCCGGGGAGGUUCUCCGAGCUCGUUUGGGCUAAUAGCGUUUCAGGGCUAUCCACUCUUCCGGGAAAUACCAU